AGGCCAUUUCUUCCAAUAUUAUUCCAAAGAUGCCACCAACAACCAAAAAGACUGGGGAGAAAGUAACAUUCCCUUAGCAGAUCUAAAGUAGAUUCUUUGUUUUACAGCUUCUAACCUCCCCUUAUCAUCAAAGGCACCCUCUCUGCAAUUUUGUUCAUAUCGUCUGAAGGGCCAAACAAGCAACAGGAAAAAGGGAAGAGAAUGCAAACAUCCAAGAAACUCAACAUUCUACAUUUUCUCCUUUCCUUCGUGCUCUUCUUUACCACCUCCACAGCCCAACACACUCCCACAAACCACUGUGGGAAAAUUGAGCUUCAAACACCUUUCCUGAGUCAAAAUUCCACUAUCUCAUCCCCAUUAAACCGUAUGAUCAAAUGCAAAUCUCAGAAGCUAUACUUUAGAACUUCUAUUGGUCUUUUUCCUAUCUCUUCUAUUGAUUACACUAGUAAAACACUAACAGUCUCUCACCCCUCUUGUUCUUCUUCACAGCAGUAUGUAUCCCCUGCACUCCUCUCUGCUGGUUUCCCUUCUCCUCCUCACCCCAACUCACUUCUUCUCUUCAACUGCUCACACAAAAGGCAUCCCAAAUCAUCAUUGAUCCGCAACUGCACUCGCUUACACAUAUGUGGAGCUGCUUUUGAAGUCCAGGAACCAGAAAUUAAAAUGCCCUAUUCAUGUCUACUUGUUCAAGAUGUUGAAAAGCUUGACACUGAUUUUCAUCCAAAUGAUUUGAGUUGCUCAGAUUACAGGAGGGUAUAUAGAAGGUCUUUAAGUGAGGAAGACUAUGAAGGAGUUGAGCUGGGGACAAGGAUUUCUUUCGACAUUCCUGACCAUGUACCAGAUAUCUGUAAUGAAUGUAAAAAGCCUAAUGGCAAUUGUGGUGUUGGGUUGAAGUGCAUCUGCCAUGCAAAAGAGUGCAAAGAUAAGGUCAUUUCGGCAGCCAGAUCGCUGAGCACUGGUAUUAGUUUCCUAUUUCCCUUGUUUUCCAUCAUUGUUCUGAUGAAUUUCCGGAGAAUAUGAGCAAUUUUGAAACAUCAAAAAGAGAGAACAAACACGUAUUUUUUUGCUCUUCUUCCUCAUGGAUGUAAAUUUAUAUCUCCACUUAGUUUUCAACUGGAUUGCUCUUUAUGUUUUUUAUCAUUUAUCCAUAGUUACACACACACAGAGAGGAAAUGCACCUAGUCUGAGCCUUCUAUUUAUGAAAGCAUCAAUCAUGAAAUGGUUAAUGAUGAAAGCAUGCCUUAUCUCUUUAUCAUCCCAUGGUUGAUAUAGUGAGAAACACAUGAUCAUCAAUUAUCCAAAAUCAAUAAGCAUUUGAUC